AAUUUCCGUCUGGGUAGCUCGCGUCAUCUCCUUUCCCACCUCAUACGACUAGCGUGAUGCUAGCUACGUUUAGCGACGCUAGCUGGGCAGCCCCUUUCGAAAUAAAACACAAUGUAGGUAGCUUCACGCUACUCCUCGUACAGCCCAAGUAAAAGCACAUUUGCGCAAGAUUUUCCUCCCCGGCUACAGUCACAUCGUCUCUCGGCUGCUUUCACUUCCGGGUCCGAGGCCGGCGGAGACGCGCUCUCUCUUUCUGGCCCUGAUGCAGUGAAGCUCGCCCCUAGCAGGAUACUGCCUCCACCGUGCUUCACAGAGGAGUCCAUCCGGAGACGGACUGAUGGCGCUCGUGUCUGGGAACACUUUCCUGUUACUGCUGGGCAGCCUGGGGCUGGUGGCACUGUACCAGCUGCUGAAGAGGAUGCGCCAGAAGGCCUAUAUCCAAGACGCAGUGGUGGUCAUCACGGGCGCCAGCUCCGGACUGGGGAAAGAAUGUGCCAGGGUGUUCCACGCUGCUGGUGCCCGCCUGGUGCUCUGUGGCCGAGACAAGGGACGACUACAGGAGCUCUCCAAAGAGCUGGCUGCAGUCUCGGAUAGCGGCAGAAAGACGUACCCACCGAGCACUGUGACCUUUGACCUUUCGGACACGGGCACAGUGGCCAGUGCCGCAGAAGAGAUUUUAAAAUGCCACGGCCGCGUGGACAUUCUCAUCAACAACGCGGGUAUCAGCUACCGAGGCACCAUACUGGACACCACAAUCGACGUGGACAAGGAGGUGAUGGACAUCAACUACUUCGGACCAGUCGCUCUUACGAAAGCCAUUCUGCCCUCGAUGGUUCAGAACCGGAGCGGACACAUCCUGGUGAUCAGCAGUGUGCAAGGGAAGAUCGCUAUCCCCUUCAGGUCUGCCUACGCCGCCUCCAAGCACGCCACCCAGGCCUUCUUCGACUGCCUGCGAGCCGAGGUGGAGCAGUACGGGAUCGAAGUGUCCGUCUUCAGCCCCGGCUACAUCAAAACCAACCUCUCGCUCAACGCCGUCACCGGAGACGGGUCCACCUACGGAGUCAUGGAUAAGAACACCGCAGAGGGCUGGGACCCGCAGGAUGUUGCCAGAGCCAUCCUGGGGGCUGUGGGCAGCAAGAAGAGGGACGUCAUGCUGGCCGGCCUGCUGCCCACCCUGGCGGUCUACCUCCGGACCCUGUGCCCCAGCGUCUUCUUCAGAAUCAUGGCUUCCAGGGCGAGGAAGGAGCGCAAAGCCAAGAACAACUAGAAACCCGCCUUCUACCCGAUGUCCUCAUCUCCCCAUGGCUUGAGCUGCUGGUGUUGUUUGGAAGGGUGGGAGGGAACUGGCUACUAGCAAACAUCUUUGCACUGUACUUGAUUUGAAACACUACUAGUGUUACUGCUAAUAUUGCUACGGAUAUAGGAGGCAGGAAAAUCGAAACUUAUAGGAUGUGGGAUUAUCAAUAAUUGAAAUAAUUCUAGACCCCUAUUGUCUUAGAUGUGUCAAGAAUGUGCCGGAGUGGUGGGUAUCGUUAGAGGCACCAGAGCUCUUCGUUCUCUGGCACAACUCUGGCAAAAGAGUAAUAAAUGUGAAGCACACUAGGAUCAGUUUUUAAUUAACACUAACAAUAACACAAACUAAAACAACACAACAUGCAGUAUACAAGUUACCCACUUCAGAAAGCAGGAUGUUUCAGUGGCCCACAUUUGGACCUCCCAGAAAAAACCCAAACUACUGACCCAGUACUCAGAAAUCCCACAUGAUGCCUUACAGGCUCAAAAGAGAGUAAAACCUGCGUCCAAAAUAAAACUGAAUACAACCCAGAGCUACAUCUCCAUUCCUGUAAAUCUGUCUGCUCCAAAGUGAAUGGGGAUCACAGCCCUAACCCGGAGAGAACGUCUUUAGCCUGGUAGCCUGUUUCCUAAGAUAAGAGGACAGCAAGCUCUCUUAAAGAAGGUUCAAAUACUGAGCUAGAAUCUGGCCUUUAAGGUCCUCUUGCCAGACACAUGUCUCCUCUUCCUCGCUGUCUCUCUUCCUUCUCUUUCUACUUGCUUACCUGUCUUUUAUCCUGUGUUUCUGGGUGUUGAAUAUUUACUAAUUCCCCAGGAGGUCCCCUUAGGUCUUUGCCUCUUCUAAAGCUUACCUAAAGCUCAGUAAACACUUCCACUACAACUCAUUGGUUCUUAAAACCUCGAGAACUGCAAAAAUUAGCCUCUUAGCUUUUUCUGGCAAAAUCAUUUUUGUAACAAAAUCACUAACCUGAUUACCAGGAUCAUGGAACUCAAGAGAAACGGGCAGUUGAAAACACUGAUACAAAUCCUUCCAGCCAUUUACAGUGCCUUGUAUUCAGACUUUUAAAGUUUGUUGCAAGUUUACAGCUUGCAGUCAUGACCCUCUGAAGUGGCCAUUAGUUUUUUGUUACACAACCUACUCAUCACAUGCAAAGCACAAAUACAAAAAGUUAUGAUUGCAUAAGUAUUCAAACCCUUUGCAGUUUUUUUUAGGUGCACAAAUUACUUUAUCAAGCCACACAGUUAUCUGAGUGGCCCCUGUCUGUGUGCAGUAAUACUGGUUCUCCUGAUUUCAGAAUAAAAACACCUGUCUCUCUGAGGUUCCUUAUUCAGGCCAUGAAGCAAUGUUCAAGCAAAGACUCAAGCAUGAAGAGUAAGGUCCCUCCAAACUGAGCAGAUGGUCAAGGAGGAAACUGAGGUGCCAAAAAUGAAAGUUGUGGUCAGAUUAGGCCUCGUUGGUUUAAAUACCAAGUGUUACAUAUGGCACAGACAUAACAGUACAUCUCCCAGUCAAAUUAAAGUGGACAGAGAAAAAUACAGGCAUAUACAGGAGGAGAACCAGUUUCGGUCUGCUUUAACAACUGGAGCGAAAAUUCACCUCUCAACAAGACAAUGAUUCAGAGCACGAGGCCAAAGCUACAUGGAAGUGACAGAUGGAAUAUGUGCCAGGACACUAAGGUAUUGUGCUGAAGAAUUGAGUGGAGUUUUUCGACAACUCUUCCGGCUCUCGUUAGACACUGGCACUGUUCCAGCUGUUCAGAAGCACUACACAGUUGUACCCAUUCCUAAGACGAAUAGACCUAAAGCUCUCAGUGACCUCAAUGAUUUCAGGUCUGGCUCCAUGAAUGAUGAGGGGCUGUGAAAAGUCACAUAUUGGGGCUGCAAUCGAAUCCGCCCUCCAGUUGGGUUACCAUCCUGGAAGGGGAGUUGAUGAUGCUAAAAUGUUUCUACUCGGAAAAAUGUAACCACAUUCAACCACAUUUUGGUUGGAAAAACUAAUCACACGUUUCAAAUUAGAUCGUCAGCUUAUCCUGUGGAUCGUUAGUUUUCUGACCAAUAGCACACAAAAUGUAUCUACUAAUGGUUUAACAUCUGUCUUCAUUUACACUUCUACUGGUUCACCACAAGACUGUGUUCUUUCUCCCCUGUUUUUCAUCUCAUAUACUGACGACAGUCAGAGCAACUACGAAAAUCAUUACAUCAUCAACUAAUACACUGUCAUGCUGAUGACAGUCUAUUAGUCUCUCUCCUCUCAGAGCCAGGACAAACACACAGACCCAUUCUGGACAACUCCUUCAGCUGGUGUGAUACUUCCUGCCUCGAGAUGAAUGUGUCAAAAAACAAAAGAAGUGAUUGAUGGGUUUUAAAAAAAACCCAAAGCAAUAUCUUUCCCACAACAAUCCACAGUUACAAAUAUCUGGGCACUGUGUUUGACGAUAAACUUAAGUUCACCGAGAACAUUGACGUCAUUGUGAAGAAAUCCCAGGGGCGCUUUUAUGGUCUGAGAAAAGUCCAAGUAGGAAUUCUUUCAACAUUUUAUAGCUCUUUCAUUGGAAGUAUUUGAACCUUUUCUUUUAUCUCUUGGUUCACUUAGUCAAAAAAAAGACAAAAAAAUGUUGUAAACCUCUGAAAUCCUUGGUGAGCCUUUCAGACCCCUGGCACAGCUGUGUGCCCAGCAGCCCCUGAGGAAGCUCACUUCCUUCAGCAGUCUCCUGACCUUCUGCCUUCAGGAAGACAUUUUUGUCCACAGCGCAGGAUGGAUAGAACGAAAUUUAGCUUCAUUCCAGAGGCCUGGGGCUCACGAACAAUGACUGGAAAUUAUGUCUAUUGGACAGAGCCCACCACCCCUACUCCCCCCACAAAUAAUACCUAAUACCAGACACUGCUACUGUCAUAAACUCAAAACUUUCUUCUUUAGAAGGGCAUCUACUUAACUGGUUCUAUUUACCCCUCUGCUUCUACUGUACUCAGUCCACUCCAGCAACUCGUCGUGCUUUGGCAGGUUCUUCUUGACAAUGUGUGCUUUUUCUUGAACUUUAUUUUGAUAUCGGUGGCUUGAUCUGUAGUGUACCCUUUUUCUGUCUCUUCCUUCUGUGUAUUCCUGUGGUGCAUAUACUGUGCAUGUGUUCAUUGUUGUUGUCGUUCUGUAAAGUGCUUCAAGCCACCUUUAAAGGUGUUAUACAAAUCAAGUUUAUUAUUACUUUCAACCACUUCGAUGGUUCGUUUGCUGUUACACCUAUGUCUAGUUUUUUCUUAGCAAUGUUUGAUUUUUGUUUGGGGGGCUUUUUGGUUUCUUUGUUUUGGUCGUGUGUUGUAUGUUGCACCAAUGUGCUGCUUAAAUUGCCCCCCGCCCGGGGAAUAAAGUAGGUUAAAUUGAA